AUGAAGACAUCGAACCUCAUUACCGCCCUUGCCCUCGGCGUGAUUGCUUACGGGAUGCCUGUCACCGAAACCCCGGAUUCUUGGAGUCCUGCGCCAGCUGAUCCGAUCAUUCUCGGGGGGCUUGCUUCUAUCGCCAUGACCAAUGCUGAGCCCCUAGCCGGCGACGUCGACGUCAAUAUCAAGGAACGUGGUAACGCCCCCGUCACCAUCGCCGGUGCAAUCUUCCAUCCCGCCUGGCUUCCUCGAGUCCGUCCUGCCGCCCAGGCUAUCACGGUUGCAGGCCAUGCGGUCUUGAUGACGGCUUGGGUCGAUGCCCAGAACCGCAUUUGCAUCAUUCUCGAUGCAGCUUUCCCAGGUAUCCACGGAACCAUCACGGCUGGUGUGCAGAAUCUGCACAAUCACCUAGGUGUUCUGCCUCAUAUCUUUGAGCUGGGAAAGACCUACGUCGCUUCGGACAACGGGGGCGAAAUCGAGCCUGCCGAUACCUGGCAAUGGUUCUGGUUCAAAUGA